AUGGCUUUCGUUAAGCAGGUCAAGAGCAGCCCUUACUUUUCACGCUUUCAAACUAAGUAUCGUCGUCGUCGUGAAGGUAAGACUGACUACUAUGCUCGUAAGCGCUUGAUUUCUCAAGCUAAGAACAAGUACAAUGCUCCCAAGUACCGUUUGGUUGUCCGUUUCUCCAACCGUUUCGUGACCUGCCAAGUUAUCUCUUCUAGAGUUACCGGUGACUAUGUUCUUGCUGCUGCUCACUCUUCUGAGCUUCCCCGCUACGGUAUCAAGUGGGGUUUGGCUAACUGGUCCGCUGCUUAUGCUACCGGUCUUUUGGUCGCUCGUCGUGCUCUCAUCAAGAUUGGCCUUGCUGACAAGUACGAGGGUAUCACUGAACCCGAGGGUCAAUUUGAACUCACCGAAGCCAUGGAGGAUGGUCCUCGCCCCUUCAAGGUCUUCUUGGAUGUUGGUUUGAAGCGUACCUCUACUGGUUCUCGUGUCUUCGGUGCCAUGAAGGGUGCCUCUGAUGGUGGUUUAUACGUUCCUCACUCUCCUAGCCGUUUCCCUGGUUACGACAUUGAAUCUGAGGAAUUGGAUGACGAGACUGUCCGCAAGUACAUCUACGGUGGUCACGUUGCUGAGUACAUGGAAAUGCUUAUUGAUGAUGAUGAAGAGCGUUUCCAAAAGCAAUUCUCUAGCUUGAUUGCUGAUGGUAUUGAGAGUGACCAACUUGAAGAUAUCUAUGCUGAGGCUUUCUCCAAGAUCCGUGAAGAUCCCACUCCCAAGAAGAGCGACAAGGACCUUUCUGCUAUCAAGGCCGAAUCCCUCAAGUACACGCAAAGAAAGCUUACUGGCGAGGAGCGCAAGGAGCGUUUCAACGCCAAGGUCGCUGCUGCUGGUCGUGUUUAG